CGACAGAUAGUGACUAUAUGAUGACCACUGAUCUCAAGAUGCCGUUCCUGGUUCGGAUUCACAUUACGGCCAGUAAGACGCAAUAUGUAACGUUUUUUGGCGCUGCCUUGUUGUUUCCGCGCGGCCGCAAUUAAUUGACGCUUAAGUCGACGGCCGUGAGUGCUGUUUAACGGGAGGCAGCGCUGUAGCCAGAUUGUGGUUGGACCACGGCCUUUAAGUCGUCUUAGUACUAGUAGGUCCCUGCACUAACUCUCCCCCUUUUUAUAUCGACUGUUCAUUCGCAGUAGUUCAAUACCAAAGGAUCCUCCCGCAGUGUACUUCAAGCUCACUGUUCGGCACUCAUACUACUCGCUCUGCUUGUCAUUCAUCGAGGACCACUCGUUCAAGGACGCUCUCCUGAUAAAGAUACCGGGAUUGUAAUUAUCAUGCCAUCAGAUACUCAAUCUGCAGCUUACAAGAAGGCUGCUGCGUCCGCACCUUCGAAGGAUUCAUUAUUGAAGACGCCACAUGCCACUGACCGGCAGGUCCCACCACGCGUUCAUCCCUCUAUUUCUUCCAAAGAUAAUGUAGGCAGUGCCAGUCGAUCUAUAUCUUCAUCAUCUCCGGCACUCGACAAGCGCGAAGCAUCUGCUGGCACAUCCACACUCCUUCCGCCAAAUCAAUCCAGGCGCAGCAGUCUCCAGUGUCGCUCUCAAUCUAAAGACCACACUUCUUUUGUGGGGUCUGCCGCUGAUAUCAAACAUGUCAAGGAGAGUUUCUUUGGCAGCUUAUUUCGCAAGCUCCUCUCAUGUGUUGGCCUCAAUUCCCGAGCUCAUGACAUUGACGUCGAUGGUGUAGCAAGCUUUGGGUCAGGUCCUACUCUGCUGACUCACAAGACCGCGGAUAAGGAAUUUUCUGAAAAAACACCAGGAACAAGCAGCCUCGCACUCGUAGUUCCGGUGGCACCCUUACAGGAGAAAGGACAACCUGCUGUGCCUCCUAAGGAUGUGCUACCUAUCGCAGAUACUGCGGGCGCCACCAGUGGGGCUGUGCAGCCGCCAGGUUCUUCCGUUCCUGGUCAGGUAUUGAAAACCUCUUCGCGUCGCCCAUCCGAACAUGCUACCGAGUUUGACGACGUUCCGUUUGAUGAGAUAAGCGAGGAAGACGAAAUGUUAAUCAGGAAUGGGGGUGCAGGCAUUCCCAUUGGCCCUGACGGAAAGCCAUGUCCACUUUUGCCGCCAAUCGCACCUGAACAUGCUGGCAAGAAGUGUUUAGUGCUUGACCUGGACGAGACCCUCGUCCAUAGUAAUUUCAGGCCCGUAUCAGAUCCAGACUUCAUCGUUCCUGUCGAAAUCGAGAAUCGCUGGCACAAUAUGUACGUACAGAAGCGCCCAGGAGUGGACGAGUUUCUUCGGCAGAUGGGUGAGGUAUACGAAGUGGUAGUGUACACCGCAAGUCUGGGUUCCUAUGCAGAUCCAGUGUUGGACCAUCUUGAUAUCUACAAUGCCGUUUCGCAUAGGCUCUUCCGGGAAAGUUGUUUCCGGUAUAGAGAAAACUACGUGAAGGACCUGUCGCAGCUUGGACGUCCCAUGGCAGAUACCAUCAUCAUCGACAAUUCGCCUGCGUCAUAUAUCUUCCACCCCACAAAUGCCGUGCCUAUAUCCUCAUGGUUUAACGAUCCUCACGAUACCGAACUGAUAGACAUCUGUCCCCUCCUUGCAGAUCUUAGUGACACGAAAGAUGUGCGAAGCGCGUUGAACACGAUUUUGUGACACCUGGUUUAUUUAUUGUAGACUUCAGGUGUGCUGGUAGUAUUUAUGGGGCACUGGUGUUCAAACGUUUAUGACUUCAUGACAAGACAUGACAUGUAUGAAUAUAUGUGGACUUACAGAGUUGAAAAUAUGUUGUCAUAUAUAGCAAUUACGAGAAAUAACAUCGAUGACACC